GGAGGCACACACUCCAAGGUCCUUUUACUCUCUGAGGAUGGACAGAUUGUCGCAGAAGCGGAUGGACCCAGCACGAACCACUGGGUAGCUGAUCGGGACAGACAAGUGUGUGGAGAGAAUCAAUGAGAUGGUGAACAGUGCCAAGCAGAAAGCGGGGCUGGACCCUGUUGUGCCUCUUCGCAGUCUGGGCCUCUCCCUGAGCGGUGGGGAACAGGAGAAUGCGCUGAGGAUCCUGACGGAGGAGCUGAGGCACCGAUUUCCCUACCUGAGUGAGAGCUACUUCAUCACCACCGAUGCCGCCGGCUCUAUCGCCACAGCCACGCCGGAUGGUGGGAUUGUGCUCAUCUCUGGGACAGGCUCCAAUUGCAGGCUCAUCAACCCCGAUGGCUCCCAGAGCGGCUGUGGGGGCUGGGGUCAUUUGAUGGGGGACGAGGGCUCAGCCUACUGGAUCGCACACCAAGCGGUGAAGAUCGUGUUUGACGCCAUGGACAACCUGGAAGCAGCACCACACGACAUCGCUUACGUCAAACAGGCCAUGUUCAACUACUUCCAGGUGUCAGACAGGCUAGGAAUCCUCACCCACCUGUAUCGGGACUUUGAUAAAGGCCGGUUUGCUGGAUUUUGCCAGAAAAUUGCAGAAGGGGCCCAGCAGGGAGACGCCCUCUCCAGGUACAUCUUCAGGAAAGCUGGGGAAAUGCUGGGCAGACACGUGGUGGCUGUGCUGCCUGUGAUCCACCCGGUCUUGUUCCAAGGGGAGACCGGCCUCCCCAUCCUGUGCGUAGGCUCUGUGUGGAAGAGCUGGGAGCUGCUGAAGGAAGGUUUCCUUUCGGUGCUGACCCGGGGCCGAGAGAGCCAGGCUCAGACCUCUUUCUCCGGCUUCACGCUGAUGAAGCUGAGACAUUCCUCGGCCCUGGGCGGGGCCAGCCUCGGGGCCAGGCACAUCGGGCACCAGCUCCCCAUGGACUACAACGUCAAUGCCAUGGCCUUCCACUCCCACAACUUCUCUUAGGGGGCUCAGGGCUAGGACCCCAGUCCAUCCAAGCCCAGUGGACUGUGGAGUGUGGGAAGGGAGGUUGUCUCCCAUUUUCUUUUCAAAGGAACACAAAAGGAAAUAAGUGCCCCAGUGGGACAGCGUCACCCAGCCCACUUCCUGUGCACAUCCUCAGGGCGCUGGCCUGGCAACCCAGGGCUUAGAAUAGCCUGGGCCCAGGCCUUCAAGCCCCUCCCCAAGGGCGGGGCCUGUGGCUGCAGCACAGGAGCAGCCCCACUAUCUGGGCUCCCCUGUCCCCACAGCCCCCUACUGUACGGCUGCCCACCAAUCCGCGUUCUUGAUUUUCUGCUGUCGGAGUUUUCCUUGCCCAACCUUGUCCAGUAGAACUUCGUGGAAAAUGUCACGGGGAAUCGCUAGGGGAUUGGGCCCCCCUCUCCUGUGGUGAUGUCAGGGACCAUCAACACACCCCCUUUCCUGAUUUGAAACCAGGCAGUAUUCUCUUGCUCUGUUCACACAACUGCCUCUUGUACAGAAUCCAUGUAGAUUCCUCACAAGCACAACGAAGUGUUCAGGAAUUCCCCUUCUUCUCAAGGUUAUCCAUAGUUUGGGAUAAUUGGAAAUGAGGGUGGAGGGUGCAUUUCCAAUUUGAACCUGACUUGGUGAGCAGUGAACUGCCCAUCUGGAAGCUUAUUAACUGCAUGAAUUCUUGAAAGAUGAUAAAAGAUUACUGAGAUCAAAGGCAACCAAUUAGGCAUAACUGAUCUAGGUGGCCUACCUAUUCCUGGCUACUGCCAGCCUGGCUUUGGCUAAAGCAUGCCACGAUGUGUGGCACCAGGAACAAUGGUCUGGGCACCAGCAUCUGACUAAGAGGCUCAGAGCUUCCUAUUCUGCCUGUACUUUGUGGUGGACUGAAGACCAGCCUGGUCCAUGCCGACUAUACACUCCUGGCAGGCUGGGUCAUGCCCCAGAGACUAGUUUUUACACUCCUUAAACUCAGAUUUGUGUGCCCUGUCCCAAGACUAAAUCCCUAUGUGGAUUUAGUGUAGGCCCAAGGUGGGAAGGGGAGUUUCCAUUUCUACUAAGUCCUAUGGGUAAUUGUGGUAGGGGUUGCUUCGAGUAGAGAUGAACGCCUCAAGGGAGUCUUGUGUGUUACUUACCCUCUCCCCUCACACAUUCAUCCUGAACAGAAUGGCAAUAACUCUUAGCCCAUCAUGCUCAGCCCAGGAAGUCAGACGGUUGAGCAACAAAAACUUGAAGUCCCUGCUGAAGGGACAGUCAACCACCUACACUUCCAUUUAUCACCGGAACCAGGCACGUGCAGUCAAAAAGUACCUUUAUUGCAUAAUCUGUAGUAAUACUGCUUGUUUGAAUUCAAAUAAAUAGAUUUGGAGAAAUGGCA